GCGAUCCGCAACCCUAUCCUCUUUCCACCACAACACCACAUUUCUCACCCUCCGUUUCCCUCAAACCUCGCGAGGACACUCCUCGCUCCGCUCCAACUCCCGAUUCACCGUUUACUGCUCCCAAUCGUCGUACCCUUCACGCCCGCGUCCACCCUACAUCCCCAACCGGAUUCCGGACCCUUCCUAUGUUCGCAUUUUCGACACCACCCUUCGCGACGGCGAGCAGUCCCCCGGCGCCUCCAUGACGUCCAAGGAGAAGCUCGACGUCGCGCGGCAACUGGCGAAGCUCGGCGUCGACAUCAUCGAGGCCGGGUUCCCGGCGGCGUCGAAGGACGACUUCGAGGCCGUGAAGGCGAUCGCGCAGGAGGUGGGAAACGCCGUGGACGACGACGGUUACGUUCCGGUGAUAUGUGGCCUCUCGCGGUGCAACGAGAGGGACAUUCGAACUGCGUGGGAGGCCGUUAAGUACGCCAAGAGGCCGAGGAUCCACACGUUCAUCGCCACCAGCGCCAUUCACAUGGAGUACAAGUUGCGAAUGUCCAAAGAGAAGGUCAUCGACAUUGCACGCAGUAUGGUCAAGUUCGCUCGCAGUUUGGGCUGCCAAGACGUCGAGUUCAGUCCUGAAGAUGCUGGAAGGUCCGAUAGGGAGUUUCUUUAUGAAAUUCUUGGAGAAGUUAUUAAGGCUGGGGCCACGACACUUAACAUACCGGACACUGUUGGUAUAACCAUGCCGAGUGAAUUUGGAAGGUUGAUUGCUGAUAUUAAAGCUAAUACUCCUGGAAUUGAAAAUGUUAUUAUAUCUACCCACUGCCAGAAUGAUCUUGGACUUUCUACAGCAAACACCUUAGAGGGUGCACGUGCUGGUGCAAGGCAACUGGAAGUGACUAUUAAUGGAAUUGGAGAAAGGGCUGGAAAUGCCUCAUUAGAAGAGGUUGUGAUGGCCCUGAAAUGCGGAGCACACGUCAAUGGCAAUCUCUACACUGGAAUUAAUACAAAGCACAUCUUUCUGACAAGCAGAAUGGUUGAAGACUACACUGGUUUACAGUUACAGCCACACAAGGCUCUUGUGGGAGCUAAUGCCUUCGCCCAUGAAAGUGGCAUACAUCAGGAUGGAAUGCUAAAGCACAAAAAUACAUAUGAAAUAAUAUCACCUGAGGACAUUGGGCUUGAAAGAACCAAUGAAGCUGGUAUUGUACUGGGGAAGCUUAGUGGACGCCAUGCUUUAAGAAAGCGACUUGAAGAGCUUGGUUAUGAACUUAAUGAUGACCAAGUUCAGAGUUUAUUUUGGCGUUUUAAAGCAGUGGCUGAGCAAAAAAAGAGGGUUACUGAUGCUGACCUCAGAGCAUUGGUGUCAGAUGAAGUUUUUCAAGCAGAGCCUAUCUGGAAGCUUGGUGAUUUGCAGGUGACUUGUGGAACUCUUGGUCUUUCAACAGCAACUGUCAAACUUAUUUUUCAUGAUGGUAGCACACGUGUUGCUUGUUCUGUUGGUACUGGACCAGUGGAUUCAGCUUACAAGGCUAUUGAUAUGAUUGUGAAGGAGCCAGUAACUCUUCUCGAGUACUCAAUGAAUGCAGUCACUGAAGGCAUUGAUGCAAUUGCCACUACCCGUGUUGUAAUUCGUGGGGAGACAAGUCAGACAAGUACUGGCACUACUCAUGCUGUAACUGGAGCAGUUGUUCUUCGAACAUUUAGUGGGACUGGAGCGGGAAUGGAUGUUGUUGUUUCCAGUGUCAAGGCCUAUAUUGCUGCACUAAACAAGAUGUUGUGUUUCAAAGAAACAUCUCCAUCUGUUGAAAAAACCCCAGUUUCGUCAUCUAAGAUUUGAGAAUUUGUACUGCUGCUAUGAUCACUGUGACCUGUGUUCAACCGCGAAGAGGAAGAAAAUGUUACAGCAACAUCCUUACCUUUCGCAAGUGUCCGUAUUAAAGGAUUGUGGCUGUAUUUAAACUGGAAUAUAUUUGCAGUUAGUAGCUUAUUGAUUCAUACAAGUAGCCUCAGCAAAGAAUGUAAGUUAAGUCCGUUUUAAAUAUUCAGACUACAGGGAUUCUGUCCCUUUUCAUUUUUUAGGGUGCCCUUUAUUUGAAAUUAUAAAUAUGCUUUUAGGAUUGGAGUGACCCCGCCUUUUCCAGAAUAAUGACGUCUUUAAGGUUUCAUCUUGGGGCUAUAAGGUGCAAUGGCACCAUUUUGUUGGAUCA